AUGGUGCAUUUGCUCAGUACAGUUAUUUGGUUAUUAAUUCUAUCGCCUUUUGGCUUUUCAAUACAACCAGAAACAGUGCAAAACUUGUACCAAAUACUUCCAAAAUUCAAAUUCAAGUCUAUUGGGAUCAAAGAAACAUUAGAAGAAAGUGAUAUUUUGAAAGAUUACCUCUACCAUUGGAAACCGCCAGGAGAAUUGAAUAUUGAAUUUUUUGAAAUUUAUUCAAAACCUGUCACUUAUGGGAAUUACAUUUCACCAUUGGAUUGCUUGGAGCCACCAGUUGAGAUUGAAUUUGUGUCUUUCUUCUCCUUGUCACCAAAUUUUGUGAAUGAACUUUAUACAUUGGUCUUGAACGGCGUUGACAGCGAUGGAUUUGAAACAUGCCAGGCAAUUUGGGUGAAUAUACCAUUCAAUGAUGAAAACUAUGAGAUAAUUGAGCAUGUAAAUGGAAAGGAAAGCUUCAAGACAAAGCUCGACCUUCGUGGUGGUGAUGAUUUAAUGAAGUAUUAUGGCCCAAGGCCAAAGAGUGGAUCUGGGAUCCAUCAAUAUGUGUUCGUUUUGUUUCGACAACCUCAUGGAUGGUUCCCGCCUCAUAAACUCAAGUUUAGAGAGAAUUGGGGAUCCAAGCAUCCAGCUCACCAUGGUGUUGUUUCAUGGGCAAACUAUUAUGCCUUAAAACCAUUGGGCAUAAAUUUUUUUACUUCAUCUAAUGAAAAUCUUUUUUAA